AUGUAAAGCAAUAGAGACUAAGAGCAUCUAAGAAAGAAGCCUGAAGGCAAAGAGACCUAUCUGAAGGGAGAGAAGACUCUGGAUGAAAAUGGAAUUGAGAGUAAGAUUGUGCUUGAGGACAAGUAAGUCUACAAGUUAGUGGAUCUGUAUGAUGCCACUGAAAAGAGAUCUUCACCAAUGACUGAGAUAGUAGUCAAUACUAAAGAGAUUGAGGAUGAUCUCGACCAGCAAGACUCUGAUCAGGAUAUGCAACAGAAAGCAAAUAUAAAGCCAAACUCAAAGAAUUCAUACUCCAUUGUCGUUCCAUCAGACAAGAUAUCUAAGAUCUCAAAAGGUAUCUUUCAAUAAUCUUUUACUCAUACUCUAGAUAAAGAUGAAGAAAGUCUAAGUUAAGUAAAAAAAAGAGACCUUAAAAGUGAGUCUAAGUCUAGAAUCAGUAGUCAAUUGCAGUUUGAUGACUGCUCUAAUGAAGAUCAGUAGGAGGAUCAUAAGGUAGGUCAUCAACAAGAUACAAAGCAAAAAGGAAGUGCAUCUUGCACCGAUGAUGAGGCUGAUAAGGGUAGCUUUGAAAGGUUUCCUGAAAUAUCACAAGUUACUGUCAACAAUCUCAAAUCAAGAGGUAUAAAGUACCUCUUUCCUGUUUAGCAAUAAUGCUUCUACCCUAUCUAUGAUGGAGAGGAUGUGAUAGGCAGAGACCUGACUGGAUCAGGGAAGACUUUGGCCUUCGCCUUACCAUUAGUAGAAAAGUUCAGAGAGCAAAAACUACUCGGUACUAGAAAACUUCAAGCCAUUGUCUUAGCUCCUACUCGGGAACUUGCUGUCUAAGUUUAAAAUGAAUUCGCUAGACUCAAGGAUAGAGACGAUGAAUAUAGUACAGUCACUGUCUAUGGAGGAGUGUCUAUUGAACCACAAAUAUCAGCUUUGAAGAGAGGUGUUGAGUUCUUUGUCGGUACCACAGGUAGAGUACUUGAUCACAUUGAAAGAGGAAACAUUGACUUCUCAAGUAUCAAGACUGUUAUCCUAGACGAGGCUGAUUAGAUGCUAAAGCUUGGCUUCAAGGAAGAUGUUGAGAAGAUCCUCUUAAUUAUAAAACAAAACAUUACAAGGACAUUGCAAAUAUGUAUGUUUUCAGCAACUAUCCCCUAAUGGGUUAAGGAGAUCGCCAUUGAGCAUAUGAGAGAGUAGUUCCUUUUCAUGGACUUAGCUAAAGACCUGAAGAAUAAAACUGCUUAGAAAGUCAGACACCUGGCAAUCAGCUGCCCUUAUUAUCUGAAAGAAAGAGUCCUUAUUGAUCUAUUAUCUGUUUAUGGCGAAGGAGGUAGAGCCAUAGUAUUUACACAAACCAAAGCUGAUGCCAAUUCAUUGAUCUAGAAUCCAAUCUUCGAGAGAAGAGAGAUCGAAGUCAUGCAUGGAGACAUUCCUCAGUUCACAAGAGAGCAAACCUUGAAGAAGUUCAGAGAAGGCAAAAUCAAGUACCUUGUUGCCACUGAUGUUGCUUCAAGGGGGCUUGACAUACCUAAUGUUGAGUUGAUUGUUUAAGUUGAGCCUCCCAAGGAUGUAGAGACCUAUAUUCACAGAUCAGGUCGUACUGCAAGAGCUGGCAAGGAGGGCACUUGUAUUACAUUCUUCAGCAACAAAACCUCUCAUCUGAUGGAGCAAAUUGAAAUGACUUGUGGAAUUCAGUUUGAUCACAUUCAAGCACCCAGCAAGGAAGAGGUAAUGAGAGUUCAGAGUACCUCUGCUCCAAGGGAUAAUCAUGGAUACUAAGGUCAGAGCAGAGAGCCUUUCCAAUAUAAAUCUGAUACUGAUAGAUCUUAGGGCAUUCAAAGAAAUAAGAGAGAUGACAAUGGCAGAUUUGUUGAUGCUUUGGAUGAGAAGAGGUCAGGAUUUUAGAGAAACCAAGGUUUUAUUAAUAAAGAAAACUUUAGCAACAAUAUCCAAUCAAGAGGCUAUUAAGGUGGUAAUUCUAACCAUUCAGAAAAGUCAUUUCCAAGUAGAGGUAGAGGCCACAGUAAUUUCAUCAAUCAACAAAGUAGAAAUCCAGAUCAAGUUUCGAUGAAUUCUAGAGGCAGAGGAUUUGGAGGUCCUGGUUAUAGAAACAUGGGAGAUGGAAGAAGCGAUGCUGGCUUUGAUGGCAAGUCCAUGAAGAGUUCAGCUUCAUUUGCUUACAGCACUCCUCAAUCAACUCCUCACUAUUCAGAAAAUGACUCAUACAGAGUAUCAAUACCACAGCAUAGACAAAUGGAUAGCAAGUAGGUCAACGGAGGCUUCCACAAAGGUUUCCAUUAGAAUAGUGCAGCAGUUUCUAGAGAAGAGGAAAAAUCAGGGCAAACUAGAGUUUACAUGGGCAAUUUACACUUUGCUUGUAGAGAAGAAGAAUUGAUGAAUCUGUUUAGAGAGAAUCGCCUAAGAGUUGUGAGCGUUGUAUUCCACAGAGAUCAAGAGACUGGUAGAUCUAGAGGCACUGGCAUCUGCGAGUUCUAGACUGCAAGAGAUGCCUAGUUUGCUAUCUAAAAUCUUAAUGGCUUCGAGUAUAAUGGCAGACCAAUUAAUUUCAAGCAAUACUAGCAACCACAGCAGUUUCAAUAGGAAAGGGGUGCUAUUGGCUAGAAUAGAGAUUUCGGUAAUGGCAAUCAUCAUUUCAAGAAGCAGUAUAAUGGUGUUGAGGAACAAGAACAUCCUAGAAUCCAGCCUAGAGAGUCAAACAGAGGCUUUGAGGUAGGUAUGAAUGCCUAGAGAGGUAGAGGAUAGAUGUCCACUAACUUUGGCAACAGAGAUCAGCUAGAGCAAAGACCUUAAUUCAGAGGAAGAGGUCAAGCCAUGCCCAGAUACUGA